AAAUAUUUCCUGAGCGGUCGAGGUGGGCCAGGCACUGGGUGAGGGGUUUCGAUGGUGGAGUUUCGACUUUCGUAGGGACUGUCGUCCGGGAAAAGUUAUUUGCCAGAUAGCUCCGGUAAAUGAAAAAUUAUUUUUGCAAGUUGGCUUGUGGAGAUGUUGAAGGAAAGUUUGAUGUUUUAUUUAAUAGAGUGCGAGCAAUUCAAAAGAAAAGUGGAGACUUCGAUCUGCUGUUGUGUGUAGGAAAUUUCUUUGGCUCCGCCUCAGAGACUGAAUGGGAGGAUUAUAAAACUGGCAUCAAGAAAGCCCCUAUUCAGACAUAUGUGUUGGGUGCCAAUAACCAGGAAACAGUAAAAUAUUUUGAGGAUCCCAACGGAUGUGAAUUAGCCGAGAACAUUACUUACCUGGGGCGUAAGGGCGUCUUCACUGGGAGCUCGGGGCUGCAGAUUGUGUACCUCAGCGGGAUGGAGGCCCUGAGCGAGCCGGCUCCGGCAUACAGCUUCACAGCCAACGACAUGGCGACUCUGAGAGACACGCUGUGCUCAGCACCCGGCUUCAAGGGAGUUGAUAUCUUGCUUACAUCCCCAUGGCCCAAGUACGUGGGAAACUUUGGGAAUUCUUCUGGAGAAGUGGAUACCAAAAAAUGUGGCUCUUCUUUGGUCUCCAGUCUUGCAACAAGCUUGAAACCAAGGUAUCAUUUUGCUGCUUUGGAAAAGGCUUAUUACGAGAGGCUUCCUUAUCGAAAUCACAUCGUUCUGCAGGAAAGUACACAACAUGCCACCAGAUAUAUAGCUCUGGCAAAUGUUGGAAAUCCAGAAAAGAAAAAGUAUCUUUAUGCAUUCAGUAUUGUUCCGAUGAAACUAAUGGAUGCAACAGAACUGGUCAAACAACCUCCAGAUGUCACUGAAAACCCUUACAGAAAAUCUGGGAAGGAAGCAUCUGUUGGAAAGCAAACUCCUGCCCCAGAGGAAGAAUCAGCCUGCCAAUUCUUCUUUGAUUUAAAUGAAAAGCAGGGAAGGAAACGUUCCUCGACGGGCAAGGACAGCAAGUCUCCUCACCCGAAGCAGCCUCGCAAGCCUCCUCAGCCUCCAGGACCCUGCUGGUUUUGCCUUGCCAGCCCCGAAGUGGAGAAGCAUUUGGUGGUCAACAUUGGCACACACUGCUACCUUGCCCUGGCUAAAGGAGGCUUGUCUGCUGACCAUGUCCUCAUCCUGCCCAUUGGACACUACCAGUCAGUGGUGGAGCUUUCAUCAGAGGUCGUGGAGGAGGUGGAGAAGUACAAGAAGACACUAAGGCGCUUCUUUAAGAGUCGAGGAAAACGUUGUAUUCUCUUUGAGCGGAAUUAUAAGAGCCAUCAUCUCCAGCUGCAGGUCAUCCCGGUGCCACUCGGUUGCUGCAGUACCGACGAUAUUAAAGAUGCCUUCAUCACCCAGGCACAGGAGCAGCAGAUGGAGCUGUUGGAGAUCCCAGAGCAUUCUGACAUCAAGCAGAUUGCACAGCCAGGAGCUGCAUAUUUUUAUGUUGAGCUUGACACAGGAGAAAAGCUUUUCCACAGAAUCAAAAAGAACUUUCCUUUGCAGUUUGGAAGGGAGGUCUUGGCCAGUGAAGCUAUCCUUAAUAUUCCUGACAAGUCUGACUGGAGGCAGUGUCAGGUCAGCAGGGAAGAGGAGGAGACACUAGCUCGCCGCUUCCGGAAAGAUUUUGAGCCCUUCGACUUCACGCUGGAUGACUGAGCAGAGAGACAGCUGCCCGUGAACUGCCCAGGAAGUCCCAGCUGUCUGCUUUUUUAAGAAACUGUAGUUUCCUAUAAAGUCUGUUCCCCUGCCUCUCUUUGGUAUAUUCCCAUGGAACCUGCCUGUAGCAAGAGGCCUAAGAUUGAAUAGUUUCUGGAAGUCACAUUACAGGAUGAAAAUUCCAUAUUAAAAGCAUGUCUGUCAUCUUCCUAUCACAGCUUACCAACAUUUUAAGAAACACUUAAACCAUGAAAUAAAACCAAAUGC